UGUUAGGUGACAGUAUGCAAGCAGGCAGGAGUAUGGCAAAAUUCCGACUCUCCUUGGUCCAGUUCCUUGUGUCUCCUGUGAAAUCGGAAAACCUCAACAGAGCCUGCAAGCUAAUUAAAGAGGCUGCACAAAAAGGGGCUCAGAUUGUUGCACUGCCGGAGUGUUUUAAUUCACCUUAUGGCACAAAGUAUUUCCCUGAAUAUGCUGAGAAGAUCCCUGGGGAAUCCACUGAGCGUCUGUCACAAGUAGCCAAGGAAUGUGGAAUCUAUCUCAUUGGAGGUUCAAUCCCUGAAGAAGAUUCUGGGAAGUUAUAUAACACAUGUGCUGUAUUUGGACCUGAUGGAACCUUACUAGUUAAACACAGGAAGAUCCAUCUAUUUGAUAUUGAUGUUCCUGGGAAAAUACGUUUCCAGGAAUCUGAAACACUAAGCCCUGGAGACAGCUUCUCUGUCUUUGAAACACCUUACUGUAAAGUUGGAGUGGGAAUCUGUUAUGACAUUCGAUUUGCUGAGCUUGCCCAACUAUACUCCAAGAAAGGCUGUCAGCUGCUGGUUUAUCCUGGUGCGUUUAACAUGACAACUGGGCCAGCUCACUGGGAACUUCUACAAAGAGCACGAGCUCUGGACAACCAAGUAUAUGUGGCAACUGCAUCUCCUGCCAGGGAUGAGAAGGCAUCCUAUGUGGCUUGGGGCCACAGCACAAUAGUCAGCCCUUGGGGCGAAGUCAUUGCAAAAGCUGGUUCAGAGGAAACAGUCAUUUCUGCUGACAUUGAUUUGGAGUAUCUUGCUGAGAUCCGGGAGCAAAUACCUAUUCGUAGGCAGCGCCGCCACGAUCUUUACAGUGUAGAAGAAAAGAAGAACUAAAGACUUUUUUCUUUUUUUUUUUUUUUAAAGAAAAAAAUAAUUAUUCUUCUAAAUGUCAUGAUUUUAUAACCUGACCAAUACUCACAAACCCCAUUGAAAGUUAUGGUUAUAUAUGCCAAGCCCACUUCUUGCAACCCAUACCAGUGCUCAUGAAACUUGGCAAGUUAUGGUGGUAUGUGUCUGUCUUAUUUCCUGCAGCCCAGAGUAGUGUUCAUGAACCUCAUCAGAAGUUAAUGUAUGGGAAGCUAUAAAUAUAUGUACCAAGCCCACUUCCUGAAACCCAUACCAGUGCUCAUGGGAAUUUCAGGUUCAAGCCCACUUCCUGCAGUCCAGGCUAGUGCUCAUGAACCUCAUGGGAAGUUCUGGUUCAAACCCACUUCCUGCAGUCCAGGCUAGUGCUCAUGAACCUCAUGGGAAGUUCUGGUUCAAACCCACUUCCUGCAGUCCAGGCUAGUGCUUAUGAACCUCAUGGGAAGUUCUGGGAUUUAUUUAUGGCAAGUUAAGCGCCUAGCCCACCUACAACCCGUAACAGUGCUCACAGACCACAUAGGAAGUUGUGGUUGUAGGUAUGGGAAGGGCUCAAACACUUAUAAGUUACAGUUUAUAUAUUGUACAGAAACUGGAAUGUUUAAACUAAAAAUGACAUUGAAGCAGAGACUAAAUAAUUCUGAGAGUUGUAGUUUAGCAAUACUGGGUAGGGUAACUCAGGUUGUUGUCCAUACUGUAUAGAACAGGUGUGGGCAAGUACAUCUUUCAAAAUCCAACCCAUUAUAGUCCAGUAAUGUAAGUACAGUUCCUAGAAUCUAUCCGGGUGAUUGGAAUUGUAGUCAGCAGCAUCUUGGUCUGCCAGUCACUCGUCGGCCAUUUACAGAUUAAAGUGUUUGUCAAAAAAAUGUUUGUGGUGUAGAAAAAAUGGAUUUGUUGUAUAAUAAAACAAGUUUUAAUGUAAA